ACGCACGGAGUAGGCUCUCCUCGAUGCUCGCAGCAGGAGAUGCUCACUGUUUUUCUGGUUUCGCCUCCGCUGCUGUUGCCGCCGCCGCCCCCCUGUCUGAGGAGGAGGCCCCCGCCCCCCCCGGGAUGUGAGCUGGGGUGCGCUGCUCUCUUGUCCCCGCGUUAGAGCCGCGCCGCCGCCCCCAUGCAUCCCGCCCUGUACACCCGGGCCAGCAUGAUACGCGAGAUCGCCGCGGCCGUGGGCUUCAUCUCCAAGUUCCUGCGCACCAAGGGGCUGAUGAACGAGCGGCAGCUGCAGACUUUCAGCCAGAGCCUACAGGAGCUGCUGGCAGAGCAUUAUAAACAUCACUGGUUCCCAGAAAAGCCUUGCAAGGGAUCAGGUUACCGUUGUAUCCGGAUCAACCAUAAAAUGGAUCCUCUGAUUGGACAAGCAGCACAACGGAUUGGACUGAGCAGUCAGGAACUGUUCCGGCUUCUUCCAAGUGAACUCACUCUAUGGGUUGACCCCUAUGAAGUCUCCUAUCGUAUUGGAGAGGAUGGCUCGAUCUGUGUGCUGUAUGAAGCUGCACCAGCAGGAGGUAGCCAAAAUAACACCAACAUGCAAAUGGUAGACAGCAGAAUAAGCUGUAAGGAGGAACUUCUCUUGGGGAGAACAAGCCCUUCCAAAAACUACAAUAUGAUGACUGUAUCAGGUUAAGAUAUAGUCUAUGGAUGAAUCACCUUAAAAUGGAUGGAUAAAAUUGGUUUUUACUUUGGGUGGGUUCCUCUGGGGAUGGAUUAUGGAAUUUAAACUAUGUCACAGCUGUGAAGAUCAGGCACACAAUAGAGUGGUAAACUUUCAAGUGACAGUGCCGUAGUUUGGACAGUACCUUUUCAGUGAUUUAACAGCCUGUGAGUCAGAAUGAUCACUCUAUUUGCUAGGGAGUGAAGAGGUCCAAGGAAGGUUUCAGUUUCUCCCAGACAUCUUACUUAAUUUUUACACAAAUUAUUUCAAUCCGAAUCUGUAUUUAUAAAGUUACGCUCUGCAGUUGGUCUUGCAGAGUAAAUUUGCACUAUUACACUUACAAAUUGUUACAUUUUUGGCAGCUCAGUAACGACUUGUUAUAAACAUAAUAGUACUGGAAAUUUUCUGACUUUUACCUAGCACUUACAAUAUGUAUAAAUGUACAUAAACUGGUAAGCAUGACCUGGGAAAAUGGUCAGUCUUCAUAUUGUGUAUUGGCCUUGAAAGUAACAGGUGACCAGAAUCUGCCAUGGCAACAGGCUUUAAAAAAAGACCAUAUAAAGACACUGUCUGAACUGUGGUGUUAGCACCAGCCAGCUAUCUGUACAUUUGCUAGCUUGUAGUUUUCUAAGACUGAGUAAACUUCUUAUUUUUAGAAAGUGGAGGUCUGGUUUGUAAUUUCCUUGUAUGUACCUAUUGGGUAAAAAAGUCUUUUCCACAAACCACCAUCUAUUUUGUGAACUUUGUUAGUCAUCUUUUAUUUGGUAAAUUAUGAACUGGUGUAAAUUUGUACAGUUCAUGUAUAUUGAUUGUGGCAAAGUUGUACAGAUUUCUAUAUUUUGGAUGAGAAAUUUUUCUUCUCUAUAAUAAAUUGUUUCCUAUCUUGGCAUUUUAA